GCUCACUUCAUCUCGAGAACAAUCGAAGUAAGACGUCAUGCCUGAUCCAGUGAAAGCACCCAAGAAGGGCUCCAAGAAAGCCGUCUCCAAGAGCGUGUCGAAGACCGGCAAGAAGAAGAGAAAGACCAGGAAGGAGAGCUAUGCCAUCUACGUGUACAAGGUGCUGAAACAGGUCCACCCUGACACCGGUAUUUCCUCCAAAGCCAUGGGCAUCAUGAACUCGUUCGUCAGCGACAUCUUCGAGCGGAUCGCCGGUGAGUCCUCUCGUCUGGCUCAUUACAACAAGCGCUCCACCAUCACCUCCAGGGAGAUCCAGACCGCCGUCCGCCUGCUGCUGCCCGGUGAGCUGGCUAAGCACGCCGUGUCUGAGGGCACCAAGGCCGUCACCAAGUACACCAGCUCCAAGUAGACUCCCGGUCUACACACCAACACAAAGGCUCUUUUAAGAGCCACUCACUCCACCUCAAGAGAAUUGUUUCCUUGUUUUAAAUGGAAAGUACUUAACUUGUUCAGUGAUGCGUAGCAAAAAUAUGUUCAAACAUAUCGGUCAUUAAACGUGUGAACUGCCACAAACGUUUAUAUUGUAUUGGUUGUCCUCAGUUAUAAUGUGAUUGUGCUGUACUAGCUUUUAGUGCUAUUAUCUAAACCCACAGGCCUGAAUUAGAAGACGAUGUACUCGGCUCUCGAUUACUAUGUACUGUAUUACUAUGACCUAACAGCAGAUGGCACCAAUGUGCCGAAAUUGUACUUAAAUUAUUGAAAAUAAAACAAAGGCGUUGUCAGAGCAAA